UCAUCCUUUUCCUCACAGAAACAGCCCCCAUAGUCAUAGAGUACAUCGGCUUUGCUGUCUUUCUCAAGCUGAACUCAAAGCUGUCCUUGCUUGCAAAGGAUAUGGAAACUGAUAUGGAACAUGGAACCUGUUGGAGCUGUUUCUCUCGUGUCGUUCUCAAGUUUUCCUAGUCCCACCAUCUACCUAGGUUUACCGUUUACCUGAGGCUAGGGUUGUUCAAAUUUACAGGCCACUCUCCCAAAAUAUGUUUCCUUCAAACAUCAAUGGUAACAAUGACCCAACCGUUUAUAUCGACCACUCGAUUCUCCACAGGCAUUUUUGUACUGAUAAUACCACCACCACCCCUUGUAUCAAACCAGAUGAUCUCCCUCUUCCCUUUUUUCAUUUCCCUUCUCCUUAUUAUAAUCAAUGCGAGCUAGAGCUGGAAGAUCAUGGUGUCUUUGGAAGCCAACACGAGCAGUCUCUUCAUCAGAAAGCUAUGGUGAUUGAUAAUUCGGUCUCGGAGAGUAUUUUCAAUAUGCCUGGCUGUGGUGAUAUUAUGACCGAUCAUCGUCUGCAGCAGAUGCCACGAAAGGGAUCCAAGAGAGAUCGGCACAGUAAGAUUAAUACGGCGAAUGGUCCGAGAGAUCGGAGAAUGAGAUUGUCUCUCAAUGUUGCUAGAGACUUCUUUGGUCUGCAAGACAUGUUGGGGUACGAUAAGGCCAGCAGGACUGUUGAAUGGCUGCUCAUACAGGCGAGGCCUGAAAUCAAGAAGCUGAUGAAUAGCAACAGCUUCAGCUUUGCGGGUUCAAAGAGUUCGUCUUCCACUUCCGAGGCCGAAGUGGUAUCCGGAAUCGACAACAACGGUGACAUUGAUGGAAGCAUCUCCGAGGGGAAGCCUUCCAAAAAGGAGAAAAAGGAAAGACGGCAACGUAAAACCAGUUUCCGCCCUCUCGCAAGGGAUUUGAGAGACAAGGCAAGAGAAAGGGCAAGGGCAAGGACAAAAGCAAAGAGCAUGUUGUCCCCAAGGUCAUGUAAUGAAACAAGAGACAAUGAUCUGAACAAGUUCGGUACUUGGAUUUCCUUAGAGACUGGAAAAGAAUCUGGGGUUAAACUUCACAACAAGAACAAUCCUUUCUCGCAGCCCUACAACUCAAAGCUUCAUGGGGAUCAUAUGAUUGAUGAAUCCUUGUCGAUUAUGAAUAAAUGGAGCCCGAGUUUUAUUUUCAAUUGCCUGCAGAACACUGGAAUUAACCAAGAGCAGCCGCAUCAGGUCACAGGCUCAGUCCUUUGGCAAACCAUGGGGGGCCUGCGACAAUAAGAAUCCAUGAACAAACGUUGGUUUUUCUAUCUUAUUUUCUUCGCUUGUUCUUUGUUGUGUCAUGUGGAAAAAUAUUAGAGACAUGCUAUGUAUUUGCUCGCGUUCUGUACCAUAGACAUGCUUUCCUCUUCUCCCUUUUUUGUCUCUUUGGAAUUUUCUUGUGGACUUUAGCGUCAAUGAUUGUUGUUUAUGCAAUUAUCACAAGAUGUUUAAGAU